ACCGAUCCAUGGGCGCGGGGGACUAGGAUUCGGUGACAUUCUCCGUGACAUUCUCGGAAUGUCAGUGACUCAAUGUAAUAUCACCGGGAAUAUCACCGAAUCCCGAUCCGGGCGCGGGCGACGCGAGUCCCACUCCCAGGAGUCCAGCUCCCGCGCCACCGCAGCCCAGGGCGGCGCCGUUGUCUCUGGGCCGGCGCGGCCGCCGCGCUCGCCUCCUCGCUCGCCCACCGAGCGCUUCACCCAGGGGCGGGCCCGUGAGCAGCCCGGAGGCGGAGGCCGCGGCAUCGACGGUUUGAGCGCCGCCGCUGCAUUGGUGGACCGCAAAGGAAAGAGAAAGAUCGGAGAAGGAUCUUUUACAGUCUCUGAUGAUCGGGAACAGGCACGAAGGAAGGAGGAGAGGACAUCUGAUUCCCCCAAAGUGAAGCUUCUCAGGAGUAGCAUUCGUGCGUAUCAUGGCGACGCCGAGGAGAAGCUUUCAGAUAGAAAAGGAGAACCAGUGAACUACCCGUUUCAUAAUUGCGGGGCAAGCACAUCAAAACUGCCUGCUCAUGUGUAUCACAAGAAAAUUCCCAUGGGAGAAGCUGCAAAUCAUUAUUUCAGGAACAUUGAUAAUUCUUUCCAGCAACCGGAAGUUGGUUUGCGUUUAAAGUAUCUCAGCCAUCACUAUUCAGAAUUUAGGCCAGUACAUAGAGAUGAGGAAUGUUUCUAUAGGAGUUUCAUAUUUUCCUACCUGGAGCAAGUUGUUGAUAGUAUAGGCACACGUGAGGAAGACCGCCUUCUUGCUGCUGUUAGAGCAUUGGCUACCAAAGCUGAAAAUCUUCAAUGGGCCUCUGAAUUUUCCCAGAAACACAAAGCAUUUGAGAGGCUGAUAGAGAAAAUAAAGGGAUGGAAGCGCAUGCAGGAGCACCCAAUAUCAAUAAUCAGGGGGAAGAUUCUUGAGUUCUUCAGCAGUUAUGAUACAACGGAUGACAUUUUUGCUUUCCUCAGAUUAGUAGCAGCUACCUGGAUGUGCACGCGCAUAUGGAAUUAUGAAUGGUGUGCAACUAAUUGUGGAGAAAAUCAGAAUCUGGAAGAUUGGUGCUCGAAGCACGUAAUUGCUCCUCGUGUGUACGCAACCUCUGCUGCAGUAAAAGCUUGUGCAGAAGCUCUCAGGGUGACCGUCCAAGUGGAGAACGUUCAUGAUGGAACUUGCGAAAGUACGCACUACAUUGUCCGCGGCGCUCCUUGCGUGACCUUGCUGCGCAUAGAGUCUCACUAUGACAUCAUCUACCCACUCCCUCCUAGUUCUAUUAAUAGUUCAAAUCCACAUGAGGAGAAGUUACUCCCAAUCCCAAGUAGCAUUCUUGCGUAUGACAGGAGAAAGAUUUUCGAUAGAAAACAAAAGCAUCUGGACCGCUCCAAUCAAAAUACUAGAGCAAGCACCUCAAAAUCACCGCCUCAUGAGGAUCAAAAGCGUUCAGGUAGAAAAAGAAAGCGACCUGGCUGCUCCAAUCAAAAUCCUAGAGCAAGCAUGUCAAAAUCAUCGCUUCGCAAGGAUCAUAAGUCCUCAGCUCUUGCAACUUUAGUUGAUACUAGAAGAAGAAGAACGAGGUUAACAGAUACUAUCAUUCCUCCUGGAUGCGGAAGGACAAGGAAAUAUGAAAUCACAAGAAUGAGCACUCGACUUGUGUUACGAAGAAGUGUUAGGUCCCUUUACAAGUUGCACAGUCAGCCAAACUCACUCGCUGGUCGAUUCUCAUUGAGAAAUUUUCUGAUAAGUGACGAGAUGACCAUUGAAAUGGAUGAGUUUCAAGCUGAUGAUUUAGACCCCUAUACAAAGGCCAAUGCAGAGGUUGACUUUUAUCAAUAUGUGAAGACUAUUGAAGAACUCUUUGAAUCUUUACCAGUUCCUGAAGAUAUUCACAGAUGGCUAAGUAUGAUUAUGAGAGAUCCAACUGCUUAUCAGUAUCUGAUAUGCUAUCACUACUGUUUGAUGGAAGAGCACCAAAUGAUGCAUGUCUUUACAUCAUUGUACAAUAAACUGCUAGUAUUGCCAACAACAGACCCAGCAGGAUACAAUUUUGUGCUUGAACGUCUCAAGAUAUUCUCUGGUUGGAGCCCGAUGGAUCUUCACAACGUUUAUUUCAUUGAGACCUUUUACUGGAAAGAUCCCAUCACGGGCGUACCAAUCAUCUACGGAGAUGAUGUUCUCUCCUUGCUGAGAUUGGUAAGAAAUACUUAUCAGCAUUUCAUGUCGAAGGUGGUAGAGGGCAGGAAACUACUCUUCUCUGAAAAAGAUUUCGGGAAUAUGGUCAACGAACAAUUUUCUGGGCUUCUUGAUGAAUUUUUUGAAGCGAUGUUCAUUGCCACGUAUUAUGCUGACUUACAACUUGAGCAUACAAUGGUGUAAAUUGAUAAGGAGAAGAAGUGACCUGCUGCUGAUUUCUGACGGGCGUGAGCUAAACCAGUUAAGAGUACGCAUGGUGUAAAUGAUGAGAGAAGUGGACAGUAGCUGAUUGUUAACAGCCAAUGAGCUAAACAGAGCUGUGUUUUAGUUGAACCUGUGCAGUAACGAGAUCCUUAUUGUUUUUUUGUUAAAUGUGACAUGCUGUGCAUGUGGAAUUGUUCAGUAUGUGAGCUCAUAUAUAGUAUGAAAGUGUUCUUUGAUCUAACAUUA